AUGGACACAGAAACUGGUUGCACCUCAAACUGGGUUUCUUCCUCUGCUAAACCGGUUGGCUCAAUGGAUCUGAGUUUGGUCUAUGAUGAAUCAAUUUCUAGCCAUCACACAGGGAAUGUCAGCCUCUCUGGAGAACUUGGAAUCAUUGGCUUAGCUCCUGAGUUGGAAUCGGAUGAAAAACAUAAACUGAACCAAUCGGGUUACCAAAUUCCCGACACCAUUCCGGUUGAGGAAUCACAAGACUCUGAGAGUGAUGAUGAGGAUGAUGAAUUAGGGGAUGAUUUGAAGGAGAUAUUACAAGACGAUUCAAGCAACAACAGUAUGUCUUCUUUCACAUUUCCCAUAUUGCUGCAUAACGUAGAUGGAAGUGUCAAAACGCCGACUAUGGAAACCAGAUGGAACGUUUUUGAUAGAUGGUUGCAGCUGCCUCAGCCGCAAACGCAACCGCAACUACAAUUGCAAUUUUAUUUCAUCCCAGCAGCAGCAACUCAUACACUAACUCGGCUACCACCACAUAGGGAGUCACCGUCGUUGAAGCAAACUUCUGAAAUGCAAGCGCAAAAAGCUUUUAGGAAUCGGUGGUUCUCUUGCUUUAUCUGUCCAUGUCAACAUGAUUGA